AUGACCGAGGAGGCGAACCUGCUCGCCGGCCUCCUCGUCGGCCUCAACUCCUUCGACUACACCGUCUACCUGAAGGGCGACGACUCGGUGCUGACCGCCUUCGAGCACGAGCCCGUCAUCGACCUGCAGUACUACCUCCAGGAUCCGUACGGUGCCGCCGAUGUGCAGGUGUUUUCGGAGAAGAAGCAGCAGCAGCAGCAGCAGCAGAUGACCAAUGGAGAGCAGCUCAACAACAGCGAAAACAGCAGCAACGGCAGCAAAGACGAGGUGGACAGGGAAGAAAUGGCCACAGCUGCAGCAGCAGCAGCAGCUCCCGACGUGGAGGUCCUUCUCGAGCAGAACAGCUACGUCGAGGAGAUCAACAAGCACCUAAAGGCGACAAUCAAAACGCUGGAGGAGAAGAUUGAGACGCUGCUGGAGCGGCGAAGCGGCUCGGUGAGCAGCAGCAGCAACGACGGUCAUAACAGCAGCAACCAGCAGCCACAACCUCACUCCUCAUCCUCGGCCAGGUCGCUGAUGGAGUUUGGCACCGCCCUGGUCGCCAAGGAGAAGCAGAUCAUGGAGGAGGAGCGGCGGCGACGGGAGGCGGAGAAGCGCCUGGAGAUGGAGGCGAAGCUGCGGGAGGAGAGCGAAACUGCCCGCAACUGCCUGGAGCGGGACAUUCAGGAGAAGCAGGAGACGAUUGUGACGCUGCGGGCGCAGCUCGAUGAGGUCAAGGCGAUCAACAUUACGAUGUUCAGCAGGCUGCAGGAGAGGGAGCGGGAGGCGAAGGAGAGGGCGAGGCGGACGGCCGAGUUGGAGACGCUGCUCGGCCAGCAGAAGAAGGAGAUUGGGCAGCUGGAGAAGCGAUGUGCCCAGCUGAGCGAGAGUUUAGACAGCGGGGGCAACCACAACGACCACGAUCACGACCACAACUGUGAUAGUAGCGGCAAGGACGAGCUGCUGGCCAGCUACCAGAAGCUAAUUGACGAGCAGCAGGAGCAGAUGACGGUGCUGCAGCUCGAG